CCACAAAGAAAUGUCUCUUCAGAUUUCAGCAAUCCCAUCUCCUUCUCCUGCUCAUGAAACGAGCCACGUCGUUGAACGUCGUUCGGGAAAUUUUCAUCCAAGCAUAUGGGGGGAUUACUUUCUCAAAUAUGCAUCUGACUCCAACUCAAUGAGUUGUCUUGCCACAACAGAGGAACGAAUUGGGAGAUUGAAAGCAGAAGUGAGAAAGAUGUUGACCGGUGCCAUGGAUAAGCCUUUGCAGAAGUUGAACUUGAUUGAUCAAAUCCAAUGCUUAGGACUCGCCUACCAUUUUGAAAUGGAGAUAGACGAGCAACUAGCACAGAUCCACAGAAGCUAUUUUGAGUUUCACUGCGGCGAUGACAAUGAUGAUCUACACACGACCGCUCUUCUCUUUCGAUUGUUGCGACAACAAGGUUACAAUAUUUCAUGUGAAAUCUUUAACAAGUUCAAGGACAAGGAGGGAAAUUUCAGCAAAUCGCUCAUCGCCGACGUGCAGGGAUUGCUAAGUCUGUUUGAAGCUUGCCAUCUGGGUUUUCAUGGCGAUGAUAUUUUGAACGAUGCACUUGCUUUUACUAUAACUCACCUUGAAUCAAUUGACAAAGGAAUAGUAAGCCGUAAUCUCGGAAAGCAAGUGAGUCAUGCCUUAAACCAGCCAAUCCACAAGGGACUGCCAAGGCUAGAGGCGAGGCAUUACAUUCAACUCUACCAAGAGGAGCCUUCGCAUAAUGAAGUCUUGCUCUCCUUGUCUAAGCUCGAUUUUAACUUAUUGCAAGAGCAACACCAAAAGGAACUCGGCAACAUUACAAGGUGGUGGAAGGAUUUAGACGGAAAGAGGAAGUUCCCAUUUGCUAGAGAUAGGCUUGUGGAGCUGUUUUUCUGGAUGUCAGGAGUUUAUUUCGAGCCGGAGUACGAAGCCACUAGAAAAAUACUAACCAAAGUGAUGGCGAUUGUUCAAGUAUUUGAUGACAUGUAUGAUGUCUAUGCCACAUUGGAAGAACUAGUAGUCUUCACGGAAGCAAUUGAAAGGUGGGAUGUCGAUGCCAAAGAUGGAUUGCCAGAGUACAUGCGAGUGUGUUACCAGACACUUCUUGAUUUGUAUGAUGAAUUUGGCUACGAACUGACUAGAAAAGGACAAUCAUACCACCUCUUCUAUGCAAAAGAAUUGAUGAAAAACCACUUGAGAACGUACUUCGCCGAAGCCAAAUGGUUCCACCAAAACCACAUACCAACGAUGGAGCAGUACAUGCCCAUUGCAUCAACAUCCACUGGUUGUGAAUUGCUGUUGGGGACGUCGUUGCUGGGAAUGGGAGAUAUCGUAACAAAAAAAGAUUUUGACUGGUUAGUAUUCAGCGACCCCAAGAUGGUGAAGGCUUCGGAAGUAGUCGCGAGGCUCAUGGGUGACAUUGCUGGACAUAAGAUGGAGCAAAAGAGAGGACAUUCGGCAUCUUCGGUGGAGUGUUUCAUGAAACAAUACGGAGUUACAGAGGAAGAGGCUAAGGACAAUCUCCGUAAACAAGUGGUCGAUGCAUGGAAGGACAUGAAUGAAGAGGUGCGCCGUCCGACCACUGUCCCCAAGCUACUCCUCAUGCGAAUUCUCAAUUUGGCACGAGUCUACCAUGUGGUGUAUAAUGAUGAAAAAGAUAACUACUCUCAUGCUGGAACCAAGUUCAAAGAGAAUGUCACUACUCUGCUCGUCGAUCCAUUGCCAAUGUGAUGCUUUGGAAGAGCAAGCAUAAUUACCAA